AGUAGCGCGCUGACAGCUAGCAGGAAAGGGAAACAGCCAGUGUUGCUAGCUGUUAGCCGUUAGCUCGCAGCGACACAAACCGGCGGUUCUCGGUGAGAAAGAGUCGCUGAAAUGUUCCGGAGGAAGCUGACGGCUCUGGACUAUCACAACCCGGGCGGGUUCGACUGCUCCGAUGAGACUCAGUUCAGGAACUGCGUCGUUUGGCUCGAGGACCAGAAGAUCCGACACUACAAGAUCGAGGACCGUGGCAACCUGAGGAACAUCCCCAGCUCGGACUGGCCCCAAGCCUAUGAGAAGUACCUGCAGGACCUGAACUGUCCAUUCGGAGUCCAGGAGCGACAGGAGGCAUUGGACUGGCUCCUGGGCCUGGCUGUGCGAUAUGAGUAUGGAGACAACGUGGACAAGUAUAAGAACUGUCAGCCGCUGGCAGCCUCCAGUAACAGUGACAAAGCUGUCGACCCUCUGGUGAACCUGGACAGUAAUUCACCAGAUUUCAAAGCGGGCGUGACGGCUCUGUCCAACAUCCUCAAGGUUCAACGACACGACGACUACCUGGUGAUGCUCAAGGCGAUUCGGAUUCUGAUCCAAGAGAGACUUUCUCCAGAGGCCAUCACUAAAGCCAGUCAGAGCAGAGAGGGCGUUCCGGUGACUUUAGAUAAACACACCCUGGGUUUCGACACUGGAGACGCGACGCUGAACGAAGCGGCUCAGAUCCUGCGCCUGCUGCACAUCGAGGAGCUGAGGGAGCUGCAGACCAAGAUCAACGAGGCCAUCGUGGCCGUGCAGGCGGUGAUCGCCGACCCCAAGACUGACCACCGGCUGGGCAAGGUGGGCAGAUGAAAGCGAGGAGGAUGAGGGAUCGAACCACCGGAAUUUUUGCAUUUAAUUUUGAGGAGAAAAAUCUAUUUUUUAUUUUUUUUUGUUUGAGGUGGACAGAAAUGAAUUUUUUUUUUCUCUGUUGUUUACGCGACUUGGGACGGAUCGAUUUGGGAAUUUGCUCUUCAGACAAACUGACUCCAAAAGUCCUCGUAUCCUACAACACGUCCAAUCUUUAGUUUCUUUAGAGACUUGAGCUCCAACCUUCUGAUAAUCUGCCGCGACCACCUCGUCGGUAUAAACCUCAGAAGCUCCAGAAAUAUCUAAAAACAUGGAUAAUGGAAGAAGACGAUUAUGAAUAUGAUUUACGCUGAAGCUAUAAAAGCAGCUGAACAGA